CCGCCCGCAGUGCGCGCUACGCGAUAUCAGUGGUCGGUCAUGUGUGUGUCACUUUCACGCUCACAAUUCUUAUACCUUUCGAAGUACUUUUAUCCUGCUAUCAUUAAUAUCAUUGGAUGAGUGUUAAUAAAAUUGUGUGUUACCUGAACCCCUGAUGACAAGUGACAACCCAAAUUAGUGUGUUGACGUUGGAUAAAGGGGUGGAGGUUAGAAACAACUGUGAAGCGAGGAAAAAUCAACCGAGGAUAUCGCGCAUCGACGUUAAUGUGUCAAGUUUUCUCUCUCUCUCUAUAUAUAUAUAUACAUAAAGUGAUUUUUUUUGUUUGGUGUCAACGUUAUAUAGCAAAACUCAACUGUUUUUGGUUCUUCAGAGAGUGACAAUCUGUGCUGUUAAAGUGCUCAUCUGUUGUUAUCGGCGCUGUUAGUUGCUAAGGAGCAGCGUGUUCUUUACACGAGUGCAUUUUAGUUGUCAUAUAAUAUUAUGGCGUACAAGUUUCGAGAGGAUAUCGUGGGAAAGAGAUUCCUCUCAGUGAGUGGUUUCACCAAGUUAAAGUUAAAUAAAGUCAGUGAAUGGGGUUGGCGUUCGGGGGUGAUUCGUGCAGCCAGCCACAGGGAUAAUAACUGUCAGGACCUACAGGUUUUAGUAGAAUACGACGAUGUAGAAUGGCAAAGAAGAGAAUGGUUAUCACCUCACAGGGAUGCGGUUUUUUCAUUUUUUCUCAUAGAAAAAGGUCUUUGUUGGGCCGAACGACCUGACCCCAGACACACCAGCCUUAUCGCUAUCGACCACCACAACCAUUCAAACAACAAUCAUCAUCUUCGCAUCAACGGAAAAUCAUUACGGGGAACUACCGCCGCUGCUAACACAGUUGCUUGGCCAGCAAUCACUUUCUAUCCACUCGUGGCACGUGCAGAACUUCCGGAGGAGUCAAUGCCUGUGGAAUUCAUGCAAGACCGUAGAUUGGAUUUUGUCGACUACUCAAAGCUCAAAGCAUUCACACAGGACUGGGAGUUAACGAAAGGUUCGACACCUUGGGGUAGUGCCGUCAGAAGAUGGGCAGAAAUGCAAGAUGGACAAAAAAUUUUAUUGACCACCCCAAGUGUACUUGUUGGAUUUAGAGUAGAAGUCUAUCGUGCAGAAGGUACCACUCAAUGGUACACAGCAGUCAUUGUUGGAUACAAUGAAUCGACAAAGGAUUUAACAGUGACAGACGACACAGUUCUCGAGGACCACAACGAGGAUCCGAGUCUUGUGCAAAUGCGCCUAAUUGGAGAUGGAGUCGUGGAGAGUAUUAUGCGAGGUGAGGUCGUCGGCAUGACUCCCAGGAGGUCGAGGUCAUCAACUGGUUUGACCCACACACUGGUCAUGCCACGACCUGGUCGAAGGCCAAGAGGACGUCCAGUAAAUGCAGCUCAGUUACAACCAUCCCUAAGGACCCAGAGUCCAGUUUCUCAACAACUAGAAAAAGAUAAAGGUAAUACACGCGGUAAUCGUCGAAGGCGCAAUAGUGAAAGUGCCAGUCGUGAGAAAGGCGAAAGAACUCAAGUUGAUUCAGAGGAGGCUCUGUCAGUGGGACAAGAAGAUCGGGAAAAUAAGGGACCUUCUGCAGGAAGACCAGGAAAUAGAACGCCAAGAACUGUUUUGGAAGAGGCAAAUCCAGCGCCUGGUAGUUUAUCGAAAUUACGACGUCGUGGAACAACAGUAAAGAGUCCAGUGGAAAGUCUUUCACAAAGACCAGUGAGAAAAAAACCACGGCCAGGUGGCGAACUAAAGCUCAGUGGGGAAUACGAGUCGGAGAAACAACAGCUGUUAGUUAAAGACGAUAAGAAAGAACGUCUCGAAUGUAGGUCUGAUGACGAAGGUGAGGUAGAGAAGGAGGAUCGUGACGAAGAGGAUGAAUGUUGUGAUCCCUUGAUAAAAAGGCUCAAAGCAAAUCCUACACUACGUAAGACAACAAGAUCCGAGAAAAAGGAUUUUGAACGGGAAAUUCAAGAUCCAGUUGAUGAAAAAGAACAUUUCAAGCAAUUGAAAAAGGAAGUCGUCUGUGACGGUGAGCGUGUUGAAAACGAGGAGAGUCAAUCCAGAGAACGUGAUCGGGAACCAGAACCGCCACCUACAAAUAACCUUGACUCUGGUAGAGAUACAAAUUUGACGGUAAAAUCUGAUCCAGAUACAGAAUCAUCGACGCGGGCUCUUGAGGAAAGAUUGGCAAAUGGUUUAAAGUCGGAUGAAGUUACCUCUGACGAAAAUAAACGCCUCGGGUGUACGUCACCUAUAAAUUGUACAAAAUCGUCGAAAAAAGAGGAAGAGAGAAAGGAAGACGACGAAGAAGAGAAGGAAAAAUCGCGAGAAUCUAGUGCACCAGGAAGGCCGGAUUCAAGUGUUGACGCUACUGAGGAUAGUGGUUUAGGUAGUAGUGCCAGAGCGGCAAGUGUUGAGUCCGUUGAGUUGCUCGAGUCCAGUAGUCAGGACUCAAGCUCCGUGCUGGAGAGACUGAGUCCGUUGCCAGGCGGCCGUGGGCGGCAAAGCCUGCUCCUGGAGGAGCAGGAACGCAGUCGUCACAACGAAAGCCCUGUCAUUUUAGCUGAAAGAUUAAAUAAACCACCGCCACCAAUUUCGAGUCAUCAUUUACAGUACCAUCAUCAUCAAUCGCUACAUCAUCAACAUCGUUUCUCAACUGGCAGUCCUGUGAUACAUCAGCAACAUUUACAAAUACCUGGAAGUCCUCAUCAUCAUCAUUUGACCUCGGCCAGCCUCCUAGAGGUACAACAGCAGUCGCUACCAUCGCAGGGAGGCGAUGAGGCCGGCCUCAUGGAGGUGGAGGCCGGGGCCGGAGUUGGUAUACCAGGCGGAGGCGUUCUCGGUGGCGUCCCUGCCGCUGGAACGUUACGUACUACCACCUACGGAGACAGUGGUUCUGACAGUGGGGUAAGCUCCCUAAGGAGUGCCGGUUCCGGUGACGAGAGAAGCGGUAGCCGUAGUUCUGCCCUUAGCGCCGAGGAAACGGCGCCUGCCGCUACACCGGCAAGGGUUUGGCACGUUCAAAGCGUUCAGCACACUUCUCUCCUGAUGGCCCAUCCCCAAGGUCCACCAAAUCCCGCGGCCAGCUCCACGUCUUCCACAGUUCCACCGCUCGGUUAUCAAAGUUCUGCGCCUCCUGGUCAUCAUCAUCCAGUUGUCGCGACCGAGAUGCUUUGGCGACCACCCAGAUAUCCACCGCCACUUCCCCAUGCUCUUCUUGCACCGUCGCAGCCAAGCCCCGAGGAACUUCUGGAGAGGGAUCGACACGAGAGAAUGCUUCGUGAGCGUCGCGAAGCGGAAGUACGAGAAUUGGAGAAGAGGGAACGAGAACGAGAACGAGAAGCGAAAAUGGAACGUGAAAGGCUAGAGAAACAAAGAGCAGCCGAGCAAGCUGUUCACAAACACUUUGAAGAAUCCCUUAGGCUAGCACAGCAAAAGGUGUCUUAUACUCCACAGAGAAAUAUGCAGUCAGCUUCGAUGGCGUGGAACAGCUUUAUUCCUUUACCACCUCCAGGGAGUCGGACACAUGGAACGCCACAUGGGGGAUUAACGCCUCACGGUCAUCAUCAUCCUGGUGCAGUGUCCGCUGCUCAUCCAGUAACGGUUGCUCAACAACAACAGCGGGAAAGAGAGGAACGAGAGGCACGAGAACGUGACCGGGAUGCUGCUGCUCGAGACCGAGAGCAACGAGAGCGUGAACACUUGGCAGCUGCCGAACGGUUGCACAGACAAGCAGAUGUCAGAGAUCAUGCUGCUGCAGCUCACCAACGAGCAGCUUACUAUGCAGCCACUGUACAACCCACGGCUCAACAGGUGUCGCGGCCGUCAAGUGUACCUGGAAAAGUGGAAUAUCCACCUCCAGCACACUCGAGAACGUCAAAAUCGUCACUCACAGUGUCGAGUCAUCACGAGAAGUCAUCGGUCGUUGGUCCACCUCACAGUGUACUACCGAAAGCCGAGCCAAACGUCAGUCUCUUUGGCUACUCAACGUAUCAGCCACAAUCCUACAUGCACGAGAUCAAAGUUAAAAGUGAUCUUCAAUCCCACAAGCAAUUACCCGGCAAGAGUGCAAACAUGACGGUGGUCAGUCACGAGAGGGAUCACCAUGGUCGGGAGAUUCAUCAGAAUCCACCGCCCCUAAUGUCGGACCAAAAAAGUUCCGUAAUCGUCAAGAACGAGGGUCGUGAACUUCCCAAGGCACCCACGCCGCAACAGCAGCAGCAGCAGCAUUCACCUAGUCUAAAAAUGAUGUCAUACAUGAACGUUCAACCGGUGACACCGCAACACAAACCCAGUGGUUACGAGUACCGAAGUCCCACCCAAAGUCCACAUCAUCAUCAUCAUCACAUGGAGAGUAUACAAGCCAAAAACAUCCCCCCAAGUCAUCAUCGACCCGGUGCAAACACGGGUCAAUUACCCUCGCCUCACGGUCAUCCAGCGCAUCCUCACAAUCGACAAUCACCACACGCUCAACAUCCCCAUCAGCCACAUCCAACACCGCCCGAGCCACGUUAUCUCAGUAGGCCCGGUCCCGAACCUGGCAUUCAAUAUGGAGCAAAAUCAGCCUAUUCGUAUCCUCAUCCACCAACCGCGUCAUCGACAACGCAUUACGCGGCACCACCCGCCGGUUCAAAACCAAAAGUCAGCAGUCCAGCGCCAUCGCAUAUUUACGGAAAACCCAAUUCCGGCAUUAUGACUGGCACACCGGUAUGCAGAGCGUCAGAUCCCGGCCCGGUGCCAGGUCCACUGCCGUUGACCUCGAAAGCCGGAACUUCGCCUUACCAACAAGUGCCUCAUCAUCACGGGGCGCCACCUCUACCUCUGCCACCACCAGCUCACAGUAGUAGGUCUGUUUAUGACUCGAGAGGUGGUUUUGCAGGCGCGGUAUCGGCCACCAAGUUACCUCCACCACCUCUACAUACCUCGCCGUCAACCGCUGCCUCGGCACCAAUGUCAGCAAGAGCGGUUGUUCAUCCCUCGCAUCACAGUAGUCCACAUCAUCAAACGCCAGUGGGACAAUCAAUUCCACCACAACAAUCAUCAUCAAUGUCGACUGCCUUCCAAACGCAACCACUCGAUUUGGGUGUCGAGAGAACGAGCUCACCGAAAAGAAAAGCGCCAACGCCUUCAGACGAUUGUAUCAACACUGGACAACAACCUGUGUCACUUGAAGUCUGCAAGAAACGUCGUGUCGAUGAACCACAACCACUGUCAUUGCAAAGUGUAUGUACACCCGUUUUAUCAAGGGUCAGCGAGCCUAGUCCUCUUAUUGCCUCUGCUGCCACGUCCAUCACCACUGUUGUGAAUACUGCACUCCUUGCACAACCCACCAAUCAGUCACAGGUGCCCGAUCGAGUAGUGACUUCAGUGAGUCCAGCACCACGAGCAGCAAGUGGUGACGAAUUAAUAAGACCAUCGAGCACCGGAAGUGUUAGCUCCCUAAAUCCCACACCCAGUGCAGCACCAAGUCCUGCUCCAAUUCCAAGUCCUGCGCCAGUUCCCAGUCCUGCACCGUCAGUUGCACCGAGUCCAGCUCCAAGUGCACCUGGCACGCCUGCCAAGGCAAAUUCCUCCACCACUGUUGACAGUGAAAAAUCAAAUAGUCCUGCACCAAGGCCACCAAGUAGUACCAAAUAUCCAGUGCAUAAAUUGAAAAAAGCAUGGCUCCAAAGGCACUCUGGUGAAGAUGGAACUGAGGAUACUACAGGUGUUGUUGGCAGUGGUUCAUGUGUUACAUUGCCACUUAAUAUUGCUCAAGCACCAUCGCAACCAUUGAAUAAUAAGGAACGAGAAACUACUACGUCCACUAGUUUACCGAGUGCUGUUAAUUCAAUUCAUAAUAUUGGAAGUAUGGCAGUCAAUAGUAUAAAUAAAACUAAAGUCACGGGCAAGAGCGGAAGAAAACCGGUAAAUAAAGAAACUGUCAAUGGACACGCUACAGAUACAAAAAGUUUACAAGAAGAUUCGUCCAGCAGCGAUCCAGAGAGGAAGUCGCCACCAAAAAGAAAACCACCCAAGGUAAAACGAAAGAAGGGGGCCGCUCGGAAACAGCAAGCGGUUGCAGAGGAUCAUCGACGGAGGAAAGACGACAAGCAGGGAGGAGGUGGUCCCGGGGCGGGGAGCGAAUCCAGUAACGAGAGUGAGGCUGGAUCGGUUAGCGACACCAGUGAACAGUUAGGCUCCGUACAACCUGCCUCAAGAGGGCGACAUACCGCCGCCAAUUCCAACAAUUCCUCGGGAAACGGUACCAAUAAAGAACCAAGAAAACGGGGUCGACGACCAAAGACCUCGAAGGGUAGCGACGUAGGCGAAGAGCAACAACCACGAUCAAAAAAAGAACGAAGAGACGAUAGUACGGGUGGUGGUGGUGGCGGCGCUGGUAAUGGUCCAGGAGGAGGUGGCAGUGGCAAAAGUGAUCCCUUUCGGAAGCCGUCGAUCUCGCAAUUAAAAAAAACCGGCGAAAGUUGGUUACAAGAUGGCAAUUGUUGUGAGGUCGCUCCAAAAUUAGCAAAAUGCCGCGAGUGCCGUAUGACACCUCAUCAACGCUCCAAAAAUCUUUAUCAGAAUAUUUUCUGUCGAUUCUAUGCGUUUCGUAAAUUACGCUUCACAAAAAAUGGACAAUUGGCUAUCGCGGGAUUCAGCGAUCCGCACAAAGAUGCCUCUGAUGAAGAUUUGUGGCUUUGGUCAUCGGGAAAAAGUUUAGCGAUCAAGGAGGAGAAACCUGAUAAGAAUGAGAAGGAAAAGGAGAAGAGUGAGAAAGAAGAACUAGAUUUGGAAAUGGCGUAUCGUCUUUUGUGUCAAGUUGGUGAUCAAUUCUGUGAUUUGCUUCAUCAGGAGAAGGACGCACUUCAGGAGCAUAUGGUUGAAGCGAGUUCGGGGGUUGUAGACGGAACUGUUGCCUGGAAACGAGUCGUUCAAGGAGUUCGUGAAAUGUGCGACGUUUGCGAGACAACAUUGUUUAACUACCAUUGGGCUUGUGGAAAAUGUGGAUUUGUCGUCUGCAUCGAUUGCUACAAGGGUCGCAAAAAUGGCACAGUUAAGAUCUGGGGCGAAAGUGGAAAGGACAGGGAUGACUUUUCUUGGUUACUUUGCACGAAUAGACAAGUUCACGAGCCUGCGAGGCUAAUGCUCACGCAAAUAAUCGCUGGCGAUAGUCUUGUGCAACUGGGUCAACGUCUUCACGAGUGUCGUUGUGAAUGGGGCAUUCCGCAAUACUGCAAUUGCUCGGUUAUCACUCAAGUCAAUGUGAAUGAAGUACUUAGAAAUUUGAUAAAAGGUGAUUCAUUAACUAUCAUGAACGGUAAUGUCAAACAAGAAUCGAAGGAGGGAAAGAAAAUUGAAUCGAACGGCUCGUCCGAGAACAAAACCAAUGGUGAGGAUAAAAAUUCACCGUUAAAUUGGCUCGCUGAUGUUGCUCUACAAAAUGAGGAUAAAAAUGACAGUGGUUCGAGUUCUGAUUCCGAUGAAGAUCGCGAUGGAAAUUAUUCCACUUUACGUGAAUUAUUGAUCAGGCCUAAUCAGUCGAAUAAAUCAAAUGGCAGUGGUUCAAGAUCUAACUCACCGACAAAUAAUACAAAUAAUUCGAAUAGUAAUUCUGCGCCAAAUGCAACAGUGAACAAUGUCUCAAAGAGUGGCAAAAAGUCUAAAAUGGAUACAUUGGAUGAGGUGAUUUCCAGUGUUAUUGAGCAUAGUGUGAAAAAAGAGAAGGAAGGAGGCGGUGGUCUUGACAACGAUGAGAAACCACGUGAAUUGAAACAUUUUGUAAGAAGAUACAAAUGGACUCAGAGAGGACGAGAACCUCUGCCAAUUAGAAUUAUGACAUUGACCGAGAGCAAGAGUCUUUAUCCGGACGUGCCCCAUGCGUGGUUAUGUGACGGUAAAUUACUUCGAUUAAACGACCCGAAUAAUCCUAAUAAUUACAGGAUAUUCCAAGAUCAAUGGAAACGAGGACAACCGGUGAUUGUUUCUGAUGUUGCCAAGGCCCUGGACAAAGAUCUCUGGCAUCCUGAUUCUUUUGGCAGGGAUUUCGGUGACGAGAAGAAUGAUCUCGUUAAUUGUAUGACUGGGAAUUUGGUGCCAAAUCAACCGAUGCGCAAAUUUUGGGAAGGUUUUGAAACUUUUUCCAAAAGAUUAAAGGACGAUCGAGGAAAUCCAAUGCUCUUGAAAUUGAAAGAUUGGCCACCGGGCGAAGAUUUUGCGGAAUUACUGCCGUCCAGAUAUGCUGAUUUGAUGAAAGCUUUACCACUCUCGGAAUAUACACAUCGAACGGGACGACUAAAUCUCGCGAGCCGAUUGCCCGAAUGUUUUGUGAGGCCUGAUCUUGGACCAAAAAUGUAUAACGCUUAUGGUUCCGCUCUACAUCCUAAUAAAGGCACAACGAACCUUCACCUUGAUAUUUCGGACGCUGUCAAUGUCAUGGUUUACGUGGGGAUUCCCAAGGACGGCGACAAUGACGAGCAUAUUAAAGAGGCACUAAGAGCAGUGGAUGAAGCAGGCUGUGAUAUUUUAACUCGUCGUCGUGUUCGUGAGCGAGGAGAAGCGCCAGGUGCCCUGUGGCAUAUUUAUCCUGCACGAGAUGCAGAUAAAAUCAGGGAUCUCUUGAAUGCAGUUGCGCUAGAACGGGGAGCUCGUCUGGAGCCUCAUCAUGAUCCAAUUCACGAUCAAAGCUUUUAUCUUGAUGGGCCACUUCGGGAAAGAUUAUAUCGUGAUUACGGCGUUGAAGGAUAUGCCAUAGUGCAGUGUUUGGGCGAUGCGGUAUUUGUUCCGGCAGGUGCACCACAUCAAGUUCGCAAUCUGCACAAUUGCAUCAAGGUGGCUGAAGAUUUUGUGUCGCCGGAAAAUGUAUCACACUGCUUUCAUCUCACUCAAGAAUUCCGAGCAUUGUCUGAUACACACAGCAAUCAUGAAGACAAAUUGCAAAUUAAGAACAUUAUUUAUCACGCAGUGAAAGAUUCGUUAACCGUCCUGUCCAAUGCGAAAGACGACGCUCUUUCAAAAACAUCAACCAAUACGGAGGUAAAGGUUAAGGAUGAAACGUAGCGCAAAUCCUUGAUCAGGAUCAUAAGAUCUGCUGUUCGUUAAAUAUUUGACCCUAAUGUGGUUAAAAAAAAGUACGUGCUCCGAAAGUCGCGACACUAUUUGUGUUUGUCGAGCGGUGCUCCUUAAAGCAAGUGAACGAUGGAAUAAUGAUUUGGAGAAGAUCAGAUGGAAAACGUUCCGAAGGAGAUCCUUCUUCACGAGGAUUGUUGAAAGGAGUUUGUGAUAUUGUACGAGUAGCUUGAAAAUUUAUUCUUUUUUUUUUUUUUUUGUUUUUUUUUUAUUGGCUGAGCCAAUUUUGAGGUUAUUCGUUAUUUCUUCCUUUGAGUUUUCUUCUACUUCUUCUUCUCCUUCUACUUCUCUAUUCUUCAAAUGUCUCUUUAUUAUCGGGCAAUGAAGUCCGUGAGAUUCUCAGUUAAUGUUGGAACGGGCCAUUUUGGCCCAGUGUCCAUUACCAUUGUGAUACCCGAUGGACUUGGAUCAUACAUUGUUUGUAAUUAAUUAUAUCGUGCCUGUAUCUAAUACACACUUGUCUAUAUGAUUAUAGAUGUAGAUAAACGAUAAUUUGUAAGAAAUUCCUAAAUAGCGAUUGCCGAUUUAAAAAAAAAAAAUUUUUUGUCUAUGAAGGUACUUUGUGCAAUUAGAAAGUCGUCGACGUUAGGCGGAUCAACGUUUUGUAUCGAUCUGUUUUUGUGUGCUCUCAUGGUUUGGUGUUCUCGAUGUUGUCUGGAUUCAGCGAAUGGACGAUAUCUUUUUUAUCUCUUUGUAAUUAAUGUGUUAUCGAGUGACUUAAAAAAAACACUGCCUAGUUUUUUUAGUGUUCAUUUCAAAAAACUUGUGAAUAAUUUGACUGUUUUGGUUUUUGAAUUUUUUUUUUUUUGUAAAUUCCUUCGGUCAAGAAAAAUAUCGUCCUUUCCGAAUCGUUUUGAACUAUGAGAUAAUUAACGGGAUCUUUGUAUAUAUUAUAUAAAUAUAUAUUUUACUGCCUUUCGCAAAUCUAAAAUAAACAGAAGGCCAAUUUAUUUCUAUGGAAAUAAUUAUGGAAAAAACCAAAAAACAAAUUCUUACAGUUUCUUGAUAUUGCAAAAAACUAAUAAAUUACGCUUUCAUCGUGAUAAUUUCGAACUUUAUAGAAGUAACAAUCGAAAAAAACAUGUGUUAUUUUUAUUCAACUGUAGGAGCCGUCUGAUGAAAGAAAUAAUUCGAUUCUUAUUAAUCGGUAGUAAGUAAAAAAGAAAAGAUAAUGCGAAUUUUUUAAGUGCCAAUGUUGAACGAUUUAGGACAAAAGAGAGAAAAUAUGAAAAGUAAAAUGUUUAGUAAAAGCACUUGAACAAAGAAAAAGUAAGAAAAACACUUAUUGAGAAUUCGCAUAUAAAUAAUGUAUAUCGAGUUCCUAACGUUCGACAGCCCGUAUCAAGUAAUUCACUCGACGUAACACAGCGAUAGUGCAAAAUUUUUUUUUUUUUU